AUGGCAUUGCCUCCUGGCUAUGAUGUUGAUUGGCAGUCUGUUGAAGGGGCAAAUUCAGACUCAACUCUUUCUGCCUCUGACCACUCUUUCUUCUUCAAGAAUGACAGCAACAGUUUCUUUGGAAUAGUGGUAUAUGUUGAUGAUAUUCUAGUUGCCACUACACAUCCAGAGAUGACUGGGGAUUUCAAAACCUUUUUAUCACAACAUUUCAAAUUUAAGGAUCUUGGAUCUCCCAAAUACUUCCUUGGACUAGAGAUUGCAAGAAAUAAGAAAGGCAUAUUGAUAUCUCAUAGGAAGUAUACAAUGGAUUUAUUGAGGGAUGCAGGAAUGUUUGGUUGUAAGCCCUCUGCUGUGCCUAUGGAUCCCUUGAAGAAAUUGAAGUUAGACUCAGACACUCCCUUAAAAGAUGCAUCGAAAUAUAGAAGACUCAUUGGAAGAUUACUCUAUCUCUGCAUCACUAGGCCAGAUGUCACUUUUGCAGUGCAUAAACUAAGUCAAUAUGUUUCAAAUCCAAGCGAUGAACACUGGGAAGCAGCUGAGAAGAUCCUCAGAUAUUUGAAAAGUUCACCUGGACAUGGCCUGUUCUAUUUGAGCAACAGUAAAGUGAGCUUAAGUAUAUUUUCUGAUGCAGACUGGGCAGCAUGUCCAGAUACAAGAAAGUCUAUAACUGGAUAUUGUCUAUUCCUUGGCUCCUCAAUGGUUUCAUGGAAAGCAAAGAAGCAAACAACUAUUUCUCGGUCAUCAGCAGAGGCUGAGUACAGAGCAAUGGCUCAGGCUACAUGUGAAGUAGUAUGGGCAACUGCUCUCCUCAAGGACUUUGGAAUAAAAGUUGAGAAGGUUGUUCCACUAUAUUGUGACAAUCAAUCGACCAUCCACAUUUGUUCAAAUUCAGUUUUCCACGAGAGAACUAAGCACAUUGAGAUUGAUUGCCAUACAGUAAGAGAGAAAUUUCUAGAAAAUGUGAUAAAGUCGUUGCACAUUAGAAAUAAUCUUCAACUGGCAGAUAUCUUCACUAAACCCUUAGGGACGUUGGCUUUUCGUUCCAUACUAAGCAAGAUGAAUUUUGAGAGCUUAUACAAUCCAUCUUGA